UUUUUAAAUCCAGGCUGCAAGGGGACACCCCCACAUGUUCCGUGGAUUCCGAUGCCUCCGAUCCCAGCAGGUCCAGGUACAGAGAGAUAUCUGCAAUUGCGAUUUUUAAAUAAAAUUACAACUAAACAAAAGCAUAUGUACGGCCAGAUUCUUCUACUCAAGUGAGCAAGGUUUGGUUUUGAUGCCUUUUAAUUUUUUUCGAGUUUAUGUUGCGGGACGCAUUUAUCAGGGUACAGUAUAGUUUCCAAAAGGCUCUAAUGGGUCGAGCAAAAAGUCAAAGCCAAAAGAGCCGGCUGUUAACUAUAUGAAUAGUCAGACUAGCGUUGCUCUCUUAUUUGACUGAUGACCAGUGACCUUAUAAUUUGGUUUCUGUGUCUAGGUAAAGCUUCCCCACCCGCUCCACCGAUGCCUUCGGGGCAGCAGCAACCGAGUUAUAUUGUAGGAGGCCAGACAGCUGAAAUAGGAGAGUGGCCAUGGCAGGCAGGACUAAAGCGGUCCGCAGAAGACACUAUUUUUUGUGGUGGCUCUCUCAUUAAGUCACAGUGGAUAGUAACUGCUUCACAUUGUUUAUAUGAUAUGGUUAGGUACACUACAACCCCUGGUAAAAUACCACACAUAGAGGUAAUCCUGGGAGAAUUUAAUCAGGAGAAAAAAGGAAGAAAAGAAGUUUUAGUAAACGUUUCAAAAUUGUUCCUUCACGAACAGUUCAAUCCUGAAACCAUUGACUAUGAUAUCGCAUUGCUUAAGCUAGAAUCUCCCGUAGAACUGUCGAAAACUAUAAGACCAGUCUGCCUUCCUGAAGAAAGCAUGACAUUCAGACCUGGAACAAUGUGUUACGUCACUGGUUUUGGUGUUACGGAGCAGGGAGGAGACGUGUCAGCCACUCUUCAAGAAGCCAGUGUACCAAUUGUACCUCAGAAGACAUGCCAAGAAGCUUAUAAAACAAAAAAGAUAACUACCCGAAUGUUUUGUGCAGGCUUAGCCGAGGGAGGCAUUGACGCGUGUCAGGGAGACAGUGGAGGGCCAUUAGUCUGUAAAAAGAACGACUCUUGGGUAUUAAAAGGCAUUAUCAGUUGGGGAGUCGGUUGCGCUAGACCCGGGGCUUAUGGAGUAUAUUCCAAUGUCCAAACCUUUCUUCCGUGGAUCCUCAACAUUAUGAACAAAGAGGCUCCCCAAGACUCGGAGAUUAACUUAAGCUGA